AUGAAGCGUGGAUUGCGGCGUUGCUCGGGCGACUAUAUGCCGCCUAAAUGCCCUCACGUGCAGAAGGCGCCCGCCUUCGGCACAAGCAAGAAGGAGGAGGCAGUGGGCCUCAGGCCGGAUGCCGUGGCCUCUUGUGAUCAUUGUAUGCGAUCCUUGGAGACUGCUGAAGAAAAUGCACGGAGGCUGUCUGGAAAGCCUUUACUGGUUCUGCCACAUCCAGAACAAUGCACUAUUAGGAAGGAGCAUCACCAAGCAUGCCCACAGUGCCAGGUAAUGUACUGCAGUAUGGAAUGUAGGCAGGCAGCCCUUGAACAGUAUCACAGAGUUUUGUGCCUUGGUCCUUCAAAAGAUGAUCCAAAACAUCCACUUAACAAGCUGCAGGAAGCAUGGAGGGGCAUGCAUUAUCAUCCAGAGACUUCAAGCAUAAUGCUGUUGGCUAAAAUUGUAGCAACUAUAAAACAGGUGGAGGCAAAAGACAAGGGCUGGUGGCAGAAUCUCUUUUCACAGUUCUGUAGCAGAACUGCGAAUGAAGAUGAAGAAAUAGCUCACAAGCUUCUUGGAGAUAAAUUCAAAGGGCAGUUGGAGCUUUUGCGGGGACUGUUUUCUGCAGCACUUUAUGAUGACCGUGUCAGCAAAUGGUUCACACCAGAAGGCUUCAGGGCACUGUUUGCAUUAGUUGGAACUAAUGGCCAAGGUGUGGGAACAAGCUCUCUGAGCCAGUGGGUACAUGGCUGUGAUGCCUUGGAUCUUCGAGCCCAAGAGCGGGAUCAGCUGGAUGGGUUCAUCGACCAAUUGUACAAAGACAUUGAGAAAGAGACUGGUGAAUUCUUGAACUGUGAAGGCUCUGGUCUCUACAUUUUGCAGAGCUGUUGUAACCACAGCUGUAUGCCUAAUGCUGAGACAUCAUUCCCAAAUAAUAAUUUCCUUCUGCAUCUCACUGCUGUAGCUGAUAUAGAGCCUGGCGAGGAAAUCUGCAUUAGCUAUUUGGACUGCUGUCAAAGAGAACGAAGUAGGCACAGCCGACAGAAGAUACUCAGGGAGAACUACCUUUUCACCUGUUCAUGCCCAAAGUGCCUUGAUCAGGCUGAUGAUCCGGACCUGACAUCUGAAGAUGAAGAUGAAGAUGAUGAUGAAAUAGAUGCAGAGGGAGAGACUGAGGAGGCUGAACUGGAAGAUGAAAUGACGGAUGUUUGAUGCAGGAGCAUGCACGCUGGUAGUUGUCACAGCAACAGGGGGGAAAAAAACGGCAGCACCAGUGUGUAGCUCUGUGUAUGUUGCCCAUACAACAGAUGGAAUGAAUGUACUCUGCCUGUGACCAUGUGCAAGGAGAAGCAUUAAGGAGUUUUGUUGGCAUUCUUUGUUAUUCUAGCAAAACGGGAGUGCAUUCUUUGAUGUAUUGAAGUCCAGAUGUUUGCACACUUCAUCUUUCAAUAGGAAAAAGCACUGUUAAUCCAGUAUUUAGGUAUUUUAAUAUUCAGAGCCACUACUUGUGGGUAUGAUUUUAUCAUACACAGUACUAUGCAUACACUGUUAACCAAGGAACCAAAGCAUAGCCUAAUAAACCACUCUGCUACCACUCUGCAGAAGAUGCAAAGAAACCAUAGUGCUUAUAACUGAAACAUUGCGGUUUGUGAGUCUAUCUGUGUUGUACACAUUUGCACACAACUUGCAUAUAAUGCAGCAGUUAAAUCUGUUACGUUUAUGUGGAUUGGUAGCUAUUUGCCAUUUGCUUUCUGUAUGCCUUGUCUUCGACUAUGAUCUUAACUAGGAAAGCAUGUUUCCCUUUAAGGAUUCAGAUUAAACACUUCUUAUAGCCAGUAGGUUUGCAAUAGUAAAAACAUGUCUUUGCUACAGGCUCUGCUGCUAGCCUUUCUUAUGUGCUUAAUGACUCAUUCCAUUUAUAAGUCCACAUGACUGCUGAAAAAUGUUAUAACAAUCUGGUACAAAGUCCCAUGAUGUUUGGUUAGCAGGCAGGUGCCAGUUUCAACUGCUUUUAAAAUUGCACAACUAAAGGAACUUUUACUUUUGUGUGUAGGUGAGAUUGCUCUUUCAUGGGUCAUCUUGAAAUGUAUAGUUUACACCCCAGGUCCUUCCUGGGCUCUGUAUGGCAUGAUGUAGCCUGCAAAGGUGCUUUGUGGUUUAGAAGCAGUGGCAAAAAAACCCUGAAGGGAUUCACAAAUUACUUUUUCCUUUCUGCUGUGUUAAAUAACAUGUGUGUUUGAGGUGCUACCAGUGUAACACCAUCCACAAAGAAAUGCCUUAAGCUUUCUGCAGAUUCCUGACCUAUACUGUGUCAUGACAACUGAUCAGACUCUCCUGAUGACAUCUCAGCAAGUCUAUUUGCCCAUAUACCCCCACACAGUGAGGUAGGGUUCUUCAUGGGCAGUGUUUCCUGUUUAGAAUUGUAUUUAAUUAAAUGCAUAGUUGGUGGUCGCUCAUGUAAAUGCAAAACAUCUCCCCAUACUUAUCCAAAAGAGUAGGUGAAUUUCCCUGGUGUCUUGGCCACAUUACCCCUUGUCAUUUUGAAUACCACCUUGGGUUCGCUGAAAUUAGGCUUAAUUUAGUGGGACUAACCUUGUCAGCAAAAAAAUAAAUACAAUGCGAUGCACUGAUAGCUGAUUCUACCUGUUUUGAGGUGUGUCAUGGCUCUUUAGUAGCAGAAAAAAAGAAAUGUUCUGUUGGGUUUUAUUUACCUGAGCUGUGGUCAGGGGUUCAUACUUUUUGUUGCCUGUGACUUGCAAGCCAAUUAAAAAUGUGUAUGCUUUUAGCUGUAUUACUGAAUGUGUGCAUAUUGCAGUGGCUUAAUUUUAUUUAAGAUGUAGUGUGUAUCCUGAAUGUGAGGCAAGGUUUAACCACUUUGCCUACACAAAGUAAUGCCUUUCAUGAGCUCUGUCUUCUAUCCUCUGAUGUGAAAAGAACCUGUGAUAUGAGAGGAGCUUAAGUUACUACACAUCACAGGACCAUUUCAUAUAUUCUCUUUUUUAUUUGCAGCAGAGCUGCAUUAGAACACGUGGGAGGAUCACCCAGUGCCUUAUGAACUUAAUACUGUUUGCUGUACAGUAAUGUCACAUUUUAUGUGGUAGUUCCAGCAUUAUUACCUUUUUGGCAUAUAUAGAAGAAUUUAGCUGGAAGUGAAUGGCACUAACUAGAUGCACCUGUUUGUACCCCGUGUUUAGUGUCUUUCUUUCCAUUGGCAACAGUGCUAGCCUCAUCAGCUGCCAGUGCUCUGGUGAUACCUGGUAAUUUCUAUAAGCAAAAGCAGGAUUUUCAGAGGUUUUUGAGAAUGGAUCAUUUUCUUGUGUGCUAUAUACCUAGUAUGACCAGAUGAAGUUUUGAGAGAGGAUCAUUUCCUUGUGUGCUAUACACCUAGUAUGACCAGAUGAGUUUUGAGAGAACUCUUAUAACUGUUCCUACAAGCGAAUACAUUGAUGUACAGCAGCAUGUUAUGUACUGGUUUGUUAAUAUCCAAUAUCAGAUGGAAAUAUUCCAGGUUUGGUUUUCCCACUUGCAUGUAGCUUAUUUUAACACCUUAAUAAAGUCCUUUUAGCUUUUCUGUUCUACAGAGCUUGCAGUAUUCAAGAAUAAACUAAGUAUGCACACACA